UGAGCUGAGUGUGGAGUGUGUGGGUGUGUGUGUGUGGGAGCGAUUCAGUCCCUCUCAAGGACAGCGACCCGGUGGGAAGGGGACGGGGACCGCUCUCUAACCCGCGCGGUAUGUCCGAUUCCGACGAUGUGAGCGAGUUUGGGUCCAUCGUGGACAGGAUCUCCCCGGAGGUUCCCAUUAAGAACAUCGAGCGGGAACUGAUCUGCCCAUCAUGUAAGGAGCUCUUUACCCACCCCCUGAUCUUGCCUUGCCAGCACAGCGUCUGUCACAAAUGCGCCAAAGAGCUCCUGCUGUCCCGGGAGGAUGCAUUCGGCGAAACAGACUCAGAGUUUUCCAAUCCGUCUACUCCCAUCAGCAGUCCCCGAGCUCGCCGCCUCUCCUCGGCCAGUGUCGAGAGGCUUGAUAGGCUCAACAGGACAGGAUCUGGUACUCAUCAAGGCUGGAAGCGAACCAUCCACAGUCAGGGAGUCACUACUUUCCCUUGCCCAAGUUGCAAACAUGAUGUUGAUUUGGGCGAACGUGGUAUUAGCGGCCUCUUCCGAAACUUCACGUUGGAAACGAUUGUGGAACGAUACAGACAAGCAGCCAGGGCAGCUGUGGCCAUCAUGUGCAAUCUCUGCAAGCCCCCGCCCCAGGAAGCCACCAAGAGCUGCAUGGACUGCAAGGCAAGCUAUUGCAAUGAGUGCUUCAAGCUCCAUCAUCCAUGGGGAACUCCAAAGGCUCAGCACGAGUAUGCGGGACCAACCAACAACUUCCGACCUAAGAUUUUGAUGUGCCCUGAGCAUGAAAUGGAAAGGGUGAGCAUGUACUGUGAAGUGUGCAGACGGCCUGUGUGCCACCUGUGUAAGCUUGGAGGAUCACACGCUAACCACAAAGUCACCUCCAUGAGCAGUGCCUACAAAAUCCUCAAGGACAAGCUGUCCAAGAGUAUUAGUUACCUCAUCAGUAAAGAGGACCAAGUGAAGACUCAGAUAUUCCAACUGGAACGCAUGAUUCAACAUACAGAGAGUAACGGUGAGAAAGCAAAAGAAGAAACAAUCAAUCUGAUGGACCGUCUGAGCAACAUCCUGGUGCAGCGCAAAGUGGAAAUGGUCCAUUCAAUCGAGGAGACCCAUUCUUCAAAGCUGGAGAGACUCCGGAGUCAAAUGGAUGAAUAUCAGGGGAUGCUGGAAUACAGUGGCUUGGUGGGAUAUGCUCAGGAGGUACUGAAGGAAACGGACCAAUCCUGCUUUGUGCAAACAGCAAAGCAGCUACACACUAGGAUUCGUACAGCCACUGAAUCACUGAAAACCUUCCAGCCAGCUGCGGAGCCUUCCUUCACAGAAUUCACUCUGGACACUUCCAGGGAAGAGGAGCUCCUCAAACACUUGUCCUUCACAUAUGUUCCAGAAGCUCCACUUAUUGACCUGAAGGAGAGCCAUCUAUAUAACCAAGGUCUCAUCUGCUGGCAGCAGCCCAGCGGCACCCCUUCAGUCGACCAUUACAGGCUCGAAUACAGGAAACUUGACCAGGAGGGAGACUCUCCCUGGGUGUGCACUGAGGACGUGGAGAGCACGAGUAAAACCAUCCCUGGCCUGGACAUCGAUAGUGUUUAUCUCUUCAGAAUCAAGGGUUGCAAAAAGUCUGUCUACAGCAACUAUAGCAAGGAGGUGUCUUUCCAUACGCCACCUGCCCCAGUUCUUAGGUUUCUGUUUGACGAAAGAUGUGGUUACAACUGUGACCGCCUGGUGCUGAGCAAACAGCGAGACUCUGUGGAGAGCGUGGCUGGUCUUCCCCUGCUGCUGGGUGCGGAGCGCAUUGUCGUGGGAAGCUACAUGUCCCUGGAUUUCAUUAUCGGGGAUACAGGAGUGACAAAAGGCAAAUACUACUGGGCCUUCCAGGUGGAGUCCUUUGCGUACCUGGUGAAGGUUGGUGUGGCGUCCGAUGCAAAACUGCAGGAGUGGUUUCACAGUCCGAGAGAUAUCAACAGUCCCAGGUAUGACCAAGACAGUGGCCACGACAGCGGGAGUGAAGACACUUCUAGUGACCUGUCGCAACCCUUCACCUUUGUUACCCUGGGGAUGAAGAAGCUCUUUAUCCCAAAAGGACCUUCCAGCUCAUCGACAGAACAUUUUGCCCGCACUGUCCCUCUGCCCGAUCGUAUCGGUGUCUGUCUGGACUAUGACAAAGGGAAAGUGAGUUUCUACAAUGGAGACAACAUGAAAUGUCUGUAUGAGAGGCAGGUCGAAUGUUCGGGUAUCAUGUAUCCUGCCUUUGGGCUAAUGGGAGCAGGGCUUAUACACCUGGAUGAAUUCAUCACAGCGAAAUAGUUAACCUAUGAAGUUUAGCUUGUUUAUAAUUUGUAAUUGUUUGCAGGACUCUACCAUAUAUUGUAAUGAAAAAACAACAAAAAGAGCUAUUUGCUUCCUCCCUCUCUCUCUCUCUCUUUAGCACUUUAUGGCAUGCGUCGCUUGAAGAGCUUUCUAUAUGGGGCUCAAUGUAAGGAACCUCUGUGCAAUACAGACACGAACAAUGGAAAAUGGUACUCAGUGCUUACUAUUCUCAGAAAUCUCCAUUUUCACCCUCUUUCAUUCCUGGUCUGCUCUGCUCUGGGUUUUGCUGAAGAUGAUGGAACUCCUUACACUUUUUUCCCUUCUUUUUUCCUCACUCUUCUUUCUUCUUCACUCUUCCCUUCAUAAAUUCUACAGGCUUUCAAAACCCAAACCUGCGGGUCACCUAGCUAUUACUUCUUGAGGUAUCUCAUUUCUCCUCUACUCUAUUCAAACUUGGUGCUACUGUAUCUCGGCCACGGCCCUUCAACCCAGGUUCUCAACAAUAAAAUAGAAUAUAAAUACAAUUGUUCUUAAAGUGCAGUGGAAAUAGAUUUGUUUCAAGUGAAAAAUAAAAAAAGUACUCUCAAAA